AUGUGGCUAGAGUGCCCUCUUCUCCAGUGGAAACUUCUGCUAAUGCAAAUUUUGGUUAAGAUAGCUGUGAAUUGUGAAGCAGUAAAUUACAAGAUUUCAGCGCUGGUGGCCAUCAAGGCGGCGCUGCAUGACAAGAGCAACGUUCUCGGCGACUGGAAGGCCAGCUCCGGCGGCGCCGGCGGGCCGUGCCACUGGAGUCUGGUGUUCUGCUCCGACGACGGCCAUGUCAACGGGCUCGAGAUGGUGCACCAGAACUUGUCCGGCGCACUGUCACCGGCGAUCGGGAAGCUACGGCGGCUGCAAUUUCUGCUUUUACAACACAAUGAUAUUUCUGGCCCUAUUCCUGAAACCCUAGGCAGGUUGAAGCUGCUCCAGAGGCUGGACCUGGCAUUCAAUCAGUUUACAGGCACUAUUCCAGGCACACUUGGUCACCCUAGGGACAUCUUCUUUGUGAGAUUGAGCCACAACAACUUAUCUGGAUCUAUACCUGAUUCACUAGCCACUUCUCAGAGCGUUUAUCUCCUGGAUCUCUCCUAUAACAACCUGAGUGGCCCCGUGCCCAAUUUUAUCGUGAAGAAUGUAUACUUUGCUGGAAAUCCUCUGCUACAUAACUUGAGCCGUGAGGGACAAAGCUGCUCUUAUGUGGUACAAGAGCCGGUUGAUAUCCCUUCUGCAAAAGAAGAGCCAGUUGUUAUCACAGAACACCCAAGCACUCACAACAAAAAUGGCUUGUCAGGAACAGCUCGGCUUGUUUCACUUUACAUAGCAGCUGCUCUUCUAAUAGCAUUCCUCAUUGCUGGAAUCAUCGCCGUUGUUUGGCAGUGGCGUUCGAGGCACCAGAUCUUUGCAGAUUUAGAUGGACUGCAAAUACGCCUAGGCCAUCUGAAGCAGUUCACGAUCAAGGAGAUCCAAGAAGCCACCAACAACUUCGACAGAAACAACAUUUUGGGGCAGGGAGGAUUUGGAGUAGUGUACAAGGGUCGCCUGCGUGACGGCACAAUUGUCGCUGUCAAGAGGAUGAAGGAUUGCGGUUCUGUUUGUGGCGAUAAUCAGUUCCACACAGAAGUUGAGGUGAUAAGCCUGAUUGUUCAUCGGAAUCUUCUUCGUCUUAUUGGGUUUUGUGUUACAGACAGUGAGAGGCUCCUCAUAUACCCUUUCAUUUCAAAUGGAACUGUUUCUUCUAAAUUACAAGAAUAUAUAUGUGGUGAUCCUACCCUAGACUGGUCAAGGAGGAGGAGGAUCGCGCUUGGCACCGCGCGAGGAUUGGUCUAUCUGCACGAACAAUGCGACCCGAAAAUAAUCCAUCGCGACAUAAAAGCCUCCAAUGUUCUCCUCGACGAGUGUCUGGAAGCAGUCGUGGCAGACUUUGGGCUGGCAAAGCUCUUGGAUCAUGGGGAGUCUCACGCUGUGACGGCAGUGAGAGGGACACUUGGCCGCAUUCCUCCGGAGUAUCUGAUGACCGGCCAAACGUCGGAGAAGACUGAUGUUUAUGGCUUUGGGUUCUUGCUGAUCGAGCUAAUCACAGGCCGGAAAACGAUGGAGCUUCAUGAGGAUGAGUAUCAGGAGGGUGGAAUCCUUGAUUGGGCAAAGGAGCUUCUUGAAGAGAACAAGCUAAGCUCUUUUGUGGACAGCAGACUAAGAGAUAGCUAUGCCAUUGCUGAGUUGGAGGAGAUGGUUCAGAUAGCUUUGCUCUGCACAGUGUACAGCCCAGAUCAUCGUCCAAGCAUGUCUGAAAUUGUCAGGAUGCUGGAAGAGAGUGAUGGAUCGGCUGCAGAGAAAUGGGAGGCUCUGAAAAACGUCAACAGAUCGAAGCCAAGCACACCGGAGUUCAUGUUGUCUCCCCCUGUGAAUUUUGGCCCAGAUGAGUACGAUUCAAUUCAGCUGGAAGCUGUUGAGCUCUCAGGGCCAAGGUGAUUGUAUGGUCAGUUUGCCAUGCUUACAUACAACAAUGUUCAGAACUCCAAACAUAGGAGAUGAAGAAUAACUGAGGAAGAAACGGAUGUUUCAGACAUUAACUCGGCUUUUUAACCAGAGUGUCAUGUCAUGCAUCUUAAUUAUUUUAGAUGAUGACCUCUCUAAAAUAGGUUACUCUAUGUGUGCCCCAAUAUCUGGGUGACUCUAGUAUCUGCUUAGAACUUGACUAUAAUACUGGUAGUGCUUAAUAAUGACAAAAGGAAGGAUAAU